AUGCCGUUUGCUAACGCGCUUUUCACGCCCAAAAGAGCCAGCGAAGACGAGCCCCACGACCAAAUCGGCUCUAACAGCUCGACGCCGCCAGGUGCGGCGACUCCGCGCCCCGACCCUACGGAUAAACGACUGCCGGGUAUUCUUCACAGUUACUUUGGCCAGGUUCGUGAUUCUCUGAUCCCCCGUCGAAAGUCUGCGAACAACCCCUCCCCCGCAUCUGCAUCUGCAUCUGCACCUGCAUCCGCUCUUGCCCUAGAUCGAGCACAAGAGGAGGGUGCGCCCCUAGAAAAGGAAAGCUCGCCCAGUAGUCUGCACUCGAACCCUCUGCCCAGUCCCGCACCCUCUGCCUCGUCCGUCUCGCGACGUCCCUCAACCGCCAAGUUGAAUGGAGAAGCCGAGAAGCUAACACAAGGCGACUUUGCGCCGCCACAAAACCAGGCCACACCCCCACAGACUCCUCGAACCCGCUCACAAGAAGGCAAAGUGCCCACAUCAAACCUAUCACACACGUCUCUCGCGUCGAGUGCGAGUGCGAGUACGAGCGCGCAUGUGAAGGCAAAGGUGAGCAGCAAGGCGCCCGCUGUAGGGCCGCCAAAAGGCAAGCUCUCCGUUUCUAUUUCAGAAGGCCGAGGUCUCCGUCCCAGCGUAGACCCGUAUGUCGUAUGCCAGUUCCAGUGGGCCGAAUACAUUUCAGAAGGACCGAGGAACGAAGAAUCGCCGAAGAAGGCGAAACUGUCGAAUGACGGCGCUGGUCGGAACGCCGGUGGGCUCUCCAUCCGACGGACAGACAGCGACAUGGGGAGGCCGAUGGCAAUACCGAUGAGGAGUAGGCAGAGCAGCAACAGCGGCACGAGUUCCGACCCUAAAGAGAACCUUAAAGAGGUGACGAAUCCAAAGUGGGAACACGAUACCAUAUUCGAUGUUGUUGGGGACCACUCCGAGAUCGAUAUAUCCGUCUACGACCGAUCGAACCAAGAGGCUUUCCUCGGCCAUGUGCGUUUCUGCCCUAACCUUGUCGAGUACGAACACCCAUAUGAUGGCUGGUUUACCUUGGAAUCGCGAGAUGGUGAAGAGGACUAUGUGACUGGUGAGAUUCACCUGCGGAUCAAUUUCCACAAGAUCGACAAGAAACACUACGGUCCGGAGGACUUCGAAAUUCUCAAACUCAUUGGAAAAGGUACCUUUGGCCAGGUAUUCCAGGUCCGCAAGCGAGAUACUCGUCGGAUAUACGCCAUGAAAGUGCUAUCGAAGAAAGUCAUCGUGCAGAAAAAGGAGGUCGCACACACUCUCGGCGAACGCAACAUUCUCGUGCGGACAGCUAUGGCAGAGUCGCCUUUCAUUGUUGGGUUGAAAUUCUCGUUUCAAACCCCUACUGAUCUCUAUCUCGUUACCGACUACAUGUCCGGUGGAGAGCUGUUCUGGCACCUCCAGAGAGAAGGCCGCUUCCAUGAGGCCCGCGCAAAGUUCUAUAUUGCAGAACUCAUUCUCGCCCUUCAGCAUCUGCAUGAGCACAAUAUCGUUUACCGAGACUUGAAACCAGAGAAUAUUUUGCUGGACGCCAAGGGUCAUAUCGCUCUCUGCGACUUUGGACUGUCAAAGGCAAAUCUUACCGAGAAUGCAACAACAAAUACGUUUUGUGGCACAACAGAAUAUCUUGCUCCCGAGGUUCUGCUUGAUGAGCAUGGUUACACCAAAAUGGUCGAUUUCUGGUCCCUCGGGGUUCUAGUCUUCGAGAUGUGCUGUGGUUGGAGCCCUUUCUACGCCGAAGAUACCCAGCAGAUGUACAAGAAUAUUGCUUUUGGCAAAGUGCGAUUCCCCCGAGAUGCGCUUAGCACUGAAGGUCGAAACUUUGUGAAAGGUCUUUUGAAUCGGAACCCGAAGCACAGACUCGGUGCGACCCGAGAUGCCGAAGAGCUGAAGGCUCAUCCUUUCUUUGCAGAUAUCGAUUGGGACGCUUUGACAAAGAAGAACGUCGUACCCCCAUUCAAACCAAAGCUCAAGUCAGAGUUGGAUGUCUCGAACUUCGACCCCGAGUUCACAAAUGCCCUGAACGGCAAUGGAUCUCUGAACGCCCGUGCCGCGGCCCUGGCGUCUGGCGUGAACCCAGCCUCUACUCCCCUGUCGCCAACUAUGCAAGCCAAUUUCGCCGGUUUCACCUUUGUAGACGAGAGUACCAUGGAACAACAAUUUAGGAACCGAGAUCAUGAUAUCGAGCGAAUGGAUGAGGACAACAAAGAGGAAGACGCUGACUGGGAGAAACUCGUUGGACGCGGAGACCGCAUGAGCGGCAUCAUUCCCAGUAACGACCAUGACAUAUUUAGUCAUGGCAACUUUGACGUAUGA